AUGUCCUUAUCUCCCACUUACGAGCACCUUUUUCGAUCAUUAGCUCACCAUUCACGUCUAUUUCCAUUGUGUAGCUCCAACGUAGUCCUGUUGACGACACCUACAAACUUUUACCAGCAAUUGCUGGAUAAUAUUCAACAUGCUGAACAUCGAGUGUCUCUUUCUUCAUUAUAUUUGGGUACAGGUCCUUUGGAACGCGCUCUAGUUGAAGCUCUGGCCACGAGACUACGAGAACGACCGGAGCUUCAGGUGCAGAUAAUUUUGGACUAUUCACGAGGUCAACGACGCACAAGUACGGCCAAUUCAGUGACGAUGUUGGCUCCAUUGCUAAUGGAUUUUCCAGAGAAUGUAAAGCUCUUUUUGUUUCGAGUUCCGCAGCUUUCAGGGCUCAAGGCAAAGCUGCCCCCUCCAUUUAAUGAAACGCUCGGUGUUUCCCAUGCUAAAGUUUAUCUAGUGGACGAGAUACUUGUACUUAGUGGUGCUAAUUUAAGUGCAGACUAUUUUACCAACAGACAAGAUCGGUAUGUGCAGUUGACAGAUUGUGGAGGACUUGCACAAUUUUACCAUCAGUUUGUGGAGUUGAUCGCGGGAUUCUCGUACAAGGUGACACUAGAAUCGUUGACAGGAUCUAAAAGCGACUAUAAGUUGAUCCCACCAGUGCUCGCACAUGACUCGGAAGAUGCAAAAGUGGCAAUGAGACAUAAGCUUGAAAACCUCGUGAACCGAGACAAGCACAAGCACGAAGACAAGGAUGACGCAUCGACAAACACGUGGGCGUUCCCGACGCUGCAAUUUUCUCCUAUCUCGAUGGAUCAUGAUGAGCGGGUGCUGAGUAUGUUCAUCAAGAACUUGCCACGUGGUUCAAAGUUACAAAUUGCCUCGGGGUACUUGAAUUUUCCACCGUUUUUGAGAGAGUUGCUAGAGCGUUGUAGCGCUACAUUGGACGUGAUUUCUGCGGCUCCUCGCGCCAAUGGAUUUUACAAUGCUCACGGUGUAAAGGGGGCUUUACCUAUGGCUUAUUCGUUGAUCGAGCAAGACUUUUUCGAACGCACUCGUGGUCGCGAGUAUCCAACGGUGCUACGAGAGUUUAAUCGUCCAGGCUGGACUUUUCAUGGCAAGGGUAUGUGGUGGCGACCACCAUUGACCAACGGCUACAAGGGAAUAACAGGUCUUCCUCAGGUCACAGUUGUGGGAAGCUCAAACUUCGGCCAGCGAUCCUAUGGCUGUGACUUGGAGUCAAACUUGGUCUUGUUUACACGUAGCCCAGAACUCCAGCGCCGACUGCAAGAUGAGUACGAUGCCCUUACUUGUAAAGCGGAAAUAGUGACCGAGCAACUAUGGCGACGGCACGAGCGUAUGCUGCACGGCCUUUUCAGCUGGAAAGAUGGCCACUGGAUCCGACCUGUAUCUAAGCUCAUCGCCGCGUACCUCUAA